AUGACAGAUGCCUUAAUACAACACCCGGUAAAAGGAACAUCAGCCACGGUUUGUGUGGUCAACGAGUCAAGAAAGACUCUUUCUGUAAAGAAGAUGGAGCAGUUCAGCAGCUUUCAUAACUUUGAAUAUGAAGCUGAUGGUCUUAGAGUGUGGAAAUGCUAUGGUACAGGCGAUGGAAAAUACAUUCCAUAUGAAAUGCUUUAUGUCACCAAUCAGGUUCCAACUGCUCUCCAAGCAGUGGAAUCCCAAGAAUUCUAUGUACCACUUGGAAAACGAGAGGAAAACCCAGUGCAGAAGCUAGCAAGAGUACUGAGAGUAGUACACCACUGUUUGAAUGUUCAAAGCUCGGUUGCAACGAGGCCUUUGAAUCCUUUGCGCUGCUAGAGCUGCAUCUUGAUGUCGGUAAACAUACUGCCAGCAGGAUAAACCAGUAUGAUGUCAUCAGAAGGGACUGGGCACUGAAAUUCUCAUCUGUAGAUAACCCUGCUGACACCGAAAUGUAUUCAGUGCCUUCCGGGGGACCCCCAACGUUUUCAGAAGUCACUUCAAGCAAAUCAUCUCUGCAAGCAGGUUGGGCCUUAAGCAAACCGAGAAGUAGCGUUAGAUUUUCGCCAAAGGUCAAAGAAUACCUAACAGCACGUUUCACAAUAGGAGAAAGAACAGGGCGUAAGGCUGACCCCGGCCAGGUUGCAACAGACAUGCGAAAUGCAAAAAAAUGAGUCUAAUGAACGCCUGUUUACUAGAUCUGAGUGGCUUUCAAAGAACCAAGUUCAGAGCUUUUUUUCGCGGAUGGCAGCAGCAUGUCGUAAAGAGCAGGGUGUUUCCGGCUUGUCAACGGAAAAGGAGGAAGACAUACAGUGCUUACAGUAAUAUUCAGAAAGAGAGGAUCUGAUUAACACAGUAAAUGAAGAAAUUAACGUCGCACAUCCUAUCUGUUUUGACAGUUAUGACCUGUGUGAGCGUUAUCAUAGCAACACGCUCCAAGAAUUCAAUGUAGCCAUGCUUAGGAGUAUCUGCAACCAUUUUGAGAUUCCUGUGAAAUCGAGGGACAAAAAGAAAUUCCUCUUAGACAAACUGACAGUCAUGAUAAGUGAAUGCGAGUGUGUGUGUCACUAA